UGCAGAAGUGGCUGAGCCGCGGGGACGGACCGGUGAGACACACGGUGUCAUUGUGUUUGUUGGGUUAUUCCUGGUUACAGAAUAAUAAUAGCACCACUAAUCAGUCAAUUACAUUAACAUGGGGAGCGGGGAGGGGGCAGCAUGGAGGGAGAGAGAAGGAGAGGGGGGCAGCAUGGAGGGAGAGAGAAGGAGAGGGGGUCAGCAUGGAGGGAGAGGGGGGGGCAGCAUAGUGGGAGAGGGCUUCUCAGUAUCAUUAUAUAUUUUUUUCCCUUUCUUUUUUUUAUUAUUAAAACAUUUUAUCAUACAUUGACAAGUAAUAAAGUGCAUACAGAACAAGACAAGUGUGACAAUGACAAAACAAAAACAUAUAAUUUACAUUGUUACAACUGUUUUAACCUAUAUAUUAGGUAAAUCACAAGCUAGACAGCUAAGAAUCUCUCAGUUGAGAUAUAUUCUGUAUCUUAUAGAACUAACAUCUAGUAAAAAUAGAUAUAGCUAUGUAAAUAUAAAUAUAUAUAUAUGGGCCAUGGUCAGUCUGAAGAUCUAAAAAGAAAUAUCCCUAUAAUAAGGAUUUUUUCAGGUCUAUCGCAAUCCAGGCAGGAAAAGUACGAAGGAAUAAUUCAUUUGUUUUCUAAGAUCCGUAUCCAAUUUAUAUAUUGAUCUUGUUUUUUUAAAGAAAGUAUAGAAGGAAGUGGUAAGUCUUUUUCCAUUUUAAAUUGAUGUAGAAUUUGAUUAACAAGCUGACUCCUCAAAAAAGGGAGAUGUGACUUCCAUUGUCUUGCUAUUAAUAUUUUUACUGCCAGGAAACAAUGGUUUACAAGGCAUUUAGAUGGAGUGGAAGAGAGUUUCCAAUUUAAAUGUAGCAAUGCUGUGUCUGGGCCUUUUUUAAUUGUAAUAUUAAAUAAACAUUUAAGAAUUUCAAAGGACCAUUCCCAAAGAUUUUUAACCAAUUUACAAUGCCACCAUAUAUGAACAAGUGUUCCCUCUGUAGAACCACAACGCCAGCAAUGAGAAGUUUGACCUGGAUACAUCUUAGUUAAUUUAUAUGGAGUCAGAUACCAUUUAUACAUAACCUUAUAUUGACAUUCAAAUAAAUUCUGACAAUGAAUAUUGUGACGAGACCAAUCUCGCCACAUUGCAUUGGAGAAGCCUGGUUGCUCGCCUGCUGCCUUUGGACUAUGGCCCCCUUUUAAAAGACUUUAUUUUUGCCUGCAGAAAAGCUGUAUUCGUUCUUUUCUGCCGGUUGUUCGGUAGUUUCAAUCUACCGAACAACCGUACGAAUGACUGGACCACCUGGGAGCUGGAGUGUGCAGGCAAUUAACCUCCCUGAAGCUGCGGUUAACUGCAGCUUAAUUGAUGAACGCUGGGUGGCCGCCAUUCGUAUCCCGAACACGAGGUCGCGGCCAUUUUAAACCAUACGAAUGAACAGCGGUGUUCGCCUCUAUUUUCAUGGAACUAAAAUCGGACACAGUUUUGCGCGAACACCGCUGAAGCCGCCGACCUCCCUUCUUGUUCGGUGAAAGUGCACGAAUGGCCCGGUGUUCGGUAUUUUUGUUUGAAUGUCUUAUACCCCAGAUAGGAAUCCCAUUGAGCCCAUUCGUAUGAAACUGACUUAAAGACUUUGGCUCCAUGGCGAUUAAACUGUAUUCGUGUGGUCUGAGUGCCCUUCACCUAAUAAUGUGCACUCAGACCUGAGCUAUCUGGGGAUAUGUUACAUGUCUGUGUUUUAUGUAGUAAAUGUUACUUUGUGCAUUUUAAAGUAUAAUGCUGGUUUUGUGUCCCCACGUGUGUAAUGGAGUUUUUCCUUUGUCUUGGGAGAUAAUUGAGUUACUUCCCAAUUAUCUCCCAGGGCAGAGGGGAGGAAGCCAGGAUGCAUUGUGGGAAUAUGCUGUGACUGUGUGUCCUAUUUGUAUACUUGUCUGUCCCUUGUCACAGUCUCCCAUUUGGUCCCCUAGGGGAGUGUCCACCAGGUGGGAGACCUGCAUAAAAGCCGGGCAGGUAGCCCUCAUUAAGCAGACCACUGCUUGACCCUCAACACGGAGCCUUGUCUCGUCUUUGGGGGGAUUUACUGUAUGCUGCUAAGGACUGAUUGCCAGGAGUGUAAGCCGCUUGGGAGCUUUUCCUGUUCGUCUGCUAGCAGCAAUUCGUAUGGUUCCUGUUCGUGUAUUUGAAGUGCUACCUUAUUCCCUUGUAUGCCGUUCGGGAGUUUGGAGCAUUCACUUAUUGGCGGUUCGUGAGUUUUGGUGAUUCUACAGUAGCUGUGCCUGUCUCUGAAAGGGGGAUUAUCGUCUAAGCGGUUUUUUCCCCUUUUGUGCAAAACGGUCCGUUACAAAUAUAUUUACGAGUAUCUCUAAGAGACAUACACCAUUCCUGCUCAGUUAUGUCGAUCUUUAAGAUCUUUUUCCAUUCAUCAAGUAUAUUUAAGGGUUGUUGAUCAAGGUUGGAUAACAAAUUAGUAGCUUUUGAAAGAAUUUUAUUAACCUUGGUAUAUCUAAAGAUAGUUUGAAAAAGAAUAUCAAUUUUUGGUGACGUAUUUAGUAAAAACAUAUUCAGAAAUUUUUUAAUUCUUAAAUAAGAAAAAAAUUCUUUGUUAGGGAGAAGAAGUUUAGCUUGAAUAUCCACAAAAGGUAAGAUUUGAUCGUCAUGGAGGAUAUCUCCAAUCGUCCAUUGAAAUUUAGACCAUUUAUUUAAAGAAAUAUCCUCAAUAUUAUCUUCUAAAAUGAUCAAAUGGGAUGACUUAAUUAUUUUAUCGGAGAUUUUAUUUUGUUUUUUUAUCUUCUCCCAUGCACUAAUAAUUUGUGACAAAAUUAAUGAUUUGCUACAUAAAAAUUCUAUAGUUUUUUUGUUAUUUUUAAGCCAUAAAUACAUUUCCAAUCUAUCUUUUCCAACUGCCUCAGAUUCAAUUAGGUACCAUGUGUCUGUUUUAAACGAUUCAACCUGCAGUUUAUAUAUGUGACCAAUAAUGUUAGCGUAAUAACAAUUUCUAAUAUUUGGAUAAUUUAUACCUCCGUUUUGAGGUUUCCUAGAGAGAACUUUAGAACUUAUUCUAGGCCUCGUCGUUUUCCAGAUAAAUUUUUGAAAACUAGAUUGUAUCAUGGUUAACCAAAUUUCUGGAAUUUGAAGGGGAAUCAUCCUAAAUAGAUAGGACCAUUUGGGCAUAAUAUAAGCAUUAAUUAUGUUAAUCCUGCCAAUCCAAGAGGAUUCGGUCAGGCGCCAUUCUUUUAAUUUUAUAUUUGUAUAUUUUAGGAGAUUCAAUACAUUUAUUUCCAUAAUAUUGUUAACUUGAGAUGAAAUUAUCACGCCCAAAUAAUUAAAAACCCUAUUAGUCCAUACAAAAUCAUAAUUUUCCCGGAGAACUUUUAAGCUGCAAAUAUCAACAUUAGUAGUUACAGCAAUUGAUUUAGAUAUAUUGAGUUUAUAAUUAGAUACCUUAGAAUAGCUUUUUAUAGCAGGUAAGACUUGAGGAAGUGAGGAUUCUGGAGAAGUGAGUGUUAAUAAUAUAUCAUCAGCAUAAAGUGAUAUUUUUGCUUCUGAAUUCUUCGUUGGAAAACCUGUGAUAUUCAAAUUAUUCCUAAUAUUAAUAGCUAAGGGUUCCAAAGUUAAAAUAUAAAGAAGGGGUGAUAAAGGACAGCCCUGGCGUGUGCCAUUAUGUAAACUAAACCAAUUUGAUUGAAUAUUUACACCUACAGUUCUAGCUGUUGGUUCAGAAUAGAGUGCCAAAAUGGCAUCAUGAAUCCAACCUAUGAAUCCAAAAGAAGUCAGCACCUCGUCGAGGAAGCGCCAACUGACCCUGUCAAAGGCCUUCUCGGCAUCCAAUGACAGGGUCAGCAGCGGAAUCUCCCGACGGAGUGCACCAUCCAAAAUAUUCACUAUUCUUCUAGUGCAUGUAUCAGAGGAUCUACCUGGCAGAAAUCCAACCUGAUCAGAAUGAACAACUCUCUCAACAAGAAGUUUUAAUCUAGUUGUUAAAAUUGCUGCAUAUAUUUUCAUAUCUGUGUUGAUUAAAGAGAUUGGUCAAUAAUUUUUAACAUCAGUUGGAUCUUUAUUUGGUUUUAGUAUUGGAAGAAUAUUGGCUUGUAAUAACUCCUUUGGUGUUUUAGCAGUUUUGGCCAUUUCAUUAAAGAGAGCCUUUAAAAGGAGUAGUUAUCUCUUUUUUCAUUACUUUAUAGAAAAGAUUAGUAAAACCAUCCGGUCCAGGAGUCUUAUUUAAUUGAAGUCUAUCAAUCUCUCUUUCAACCUCAUCUAUCGUAAACUCAUAAUUAAGUUGGGCUAACUCUUGAUUGUUAAUUUUUGGGAUAUCGAUAUUAUCCAAAUAUUGUUUAACAUCCUGAUUAUCUGAUGAUAUAUCCAGAUCAUAUAGUUUGCUGUAAAAUUCAUUAAAUAGUUGCCCAAUUUUUUCUGGGGAGGAGUAUGUAUUUUUAUCCGCGACCAGUUUAUUGAUCCUAUUAUUUGAAUUUUGCUUUUUUAAUCUUUUGGUUAAGUUUUUAUUUGCUUUAUUACUUUGAUGGUAAGUAUUUAAUCUCAAUUUAUUGAUUGUUUUUCUAAUCUUUUCUUCUGUCUUAAAGUUAAUUUGUUUUUGUAAUUCUAGAAGUGCUGAUCUUAAUUGAGUGGUUGGAAAUUCUUUAUUCAUUUUAGACAGGUUAAAAUAUUGAAUAUUUAGAUCUGUUAGAUCUCUAUUUAUCAUAGUUUUAGAUUGUUUUUCAAUUUUAAUAAGAUAGCCUCUAAUAACCGCUUUAUAUGAAGACCAUAAGGUAGAAUCUAGAAUAUCAGGGGUAGAAUUUUCAAGCCAAAAGAACCUUGAAAGUUUAAUUAUAGUGUCUUGAUUUAUCUUCACCUUAAAGAGAGAGUCGUCCAUUCUCCAGGAAUCAGUAGAUCUCUGUAAGAUCUUACCUAUUUCCAAUAUUAAAAAACUGUGGUCUGACCAAGUAUUAUCCUUAAUUUGGAUUGUAUUAAUUUCUUUCAAAGUAUUAGCUUGUACUAAGCAUAGAUCGAUUCGUGAAUACGAAUCAUGCACUUUAGACAAAUGCGUGUAAUCUCGUAGAUCUGGGUGAGUUACCCGCCAGACAUCAUAUAAACCAUGCAUGGCACAUAAAUUAGAGAGGGUUUUAGAUUGUUUAUAUAAAUGGCUUUCAGAUUUUAAUUGAAUAUGAGUUUUUUUAUCCAUUAGUAAGUAUAUAUUAACCAGAGUGUAAGUUAUAGAUUCUAUUUUGCAGAUAAUUAUAAGAAAUCUGCCAUUAAGGUCACUGUCUAUUAAUUUUACUUCAAGUUUUAAAUUAGAAUCAAAUAUGAUUGCCACCCCAGAUUUUUUAUUAUUUAGGAGAGAUGCAUGAUAUAUAUAUUUGUAUUUAUGCCCCAUCCAUUUUAGCGACUCAGAUCUCAACCAGUGCGUUUCUUGGAGAAAGGCUAUUUGUAUUUGGUUAGAGACCAAAGAAUCAUAAAGCAUUUGCUUUUUCCACCGUGUAUUUAAACCUUGUACAUUUAUAGACAUAAUUUUCAGCAUUAACUUUCAGAAAUUUUGUAAACACUAGCUCGAUAGUACCAGAUAAUUUGAGACACAAAAAUGAUAUUAUUCAGACUGACCAUAGCCCAAUUAGUGCAACAAUGCAAAUAACAACACAUACCACAACAUAAAAACCUCUGAUGAAACAUAAACGUUUCACCAACAUUCAACAGUAUACAUCCCAAGGCUAAUAGCCAUGGGUUCACUUGAUCUUCCAUCUUAGAAGAUAAGAGAUAUCUGUGAAAACAUCACAGAAAGAGGGGAUUAAGAUCAGGCAUCUAAAGACUUAAUUUAAGAAUAUAUAUUUGAGAUAGAGGUAAUAGGCAGAGAGAGAGGAGGAUAACUUUGAAUUAAUAAACAUCUACCAAUUUUUCAACAUUUGUAUAAAAAAAAAAAAGGCCCACCAAAUUAUAAUAUUUCUUUUGCCUCUUGUGAACUUUCCAUCUUUUUUCUCUCCCUCUCCCCCCCGCUUUCAUUUCUAUCUUAUUUUACUAAUCCUUUUAUUACUUGUGUUUCGUUUGGAUAUAAAGAGCAAAAAUAAGUGAACAAAUAUAUUAAUUAUAUGUGUGCAUGUGAGAAUUAUCACCUUUUAAAUCUUAUUAAAUUUAUCUUAAUUAUACCCCGAAUCAUACUUAAUUUCCUUAUUUAUAAUACAUAGCGUGGUCAUUCCCUAAUAAUUAGCUUGUGAAAGAUAUUUAGAAAGACAUUAUUUUGCAGUGAACUUCAUAAUAUAUAUUUGUGACUUUAAUUCUCUCCGACCUCUUAGUCUUCCUAAUUCCUCUAGAACCCUAAAAGUCUCUAUCAAAAAUUAAUUUAAUGAUUUGUUCUGUAACCAUGUCUUUAGCUUAUCUGGUUGAUCAAAAGACUCUAUUUUUCCAUCCAUUUGGAUAAUCAUCUUUGUGGGAUAGCUCCAUCUAAAUCUGAUAUUAUGUUGCUUGAGGAUAUUAAUUCCAGAUGAAAACAUUCUUCUCUUGUUUCUGGUAUUAUAAGAUAGAUCUGGAAGUGCUAUGAUAUAUGCGUAUGGACCAUCUUUUAUACGUUUCUCUCUAUUGGCUUUUAAAACUUGUUCUUUAAAUUCAAACGAAUGGAAACAAGUAAUUAUAUCUCUUGGAGUAUCAGAUGCUAUAUUUGAUGGUUUAUGCAAUCUGUGACAUCUUUCGAUUUUCUCAUUAUGGCCAUCCAGUUUUAAACCUAGGACUUUAAAGUAAUCGUAUAGCAUAUAUUCCAAAUUUUCUUGUUUAUUGGAAUCAACAAAAUUGCGAAACCUCAGAUUUUUUCUGCGGGAUCUAUCUUCAAGAUCUUCUAUUUUGUUUUCAAGAUUGUGAAUUUUUGAUGUCAGUGUAUUUACUUCUUCGUUCAAUGAUACUAUUUGAAAGUCAACGUUCCUCAAUCGAUCUUCCAUGACUUGGAAUUUUUCAGUUAACUUAAAAAUUUCACUUUUUAUUUCUUGUCGUAUUUCUAUAGAGUUUUUUUAAAAUUUCACUCUUUAUUUCUUCUAAGAUAGAUUGUAGACUUUCAUUCAAAACUUUAGUAGUAAUUUCUUCCUGUUCUUUGUUGUCUUUAUUUAUAUCCAUAGUAGAUGGCUUUAAAUUUGUUAACGAUGAUCUCGGUUUAUUCCCUUUUGAAUCUUUAGAUUGAGGAGAAAAAAAUAUAUCUAAGUUUUUUUUCUUGAUGUACUUCUCCUUUAUCUCCUUUGUCUCGAUUUGAUGCAGAUUUGGAUUCUUGAACUAUUUUUUUAGGAGCCAUCAGCUUCCUUGUAUUUUGCACUCCUUCUGAUUUGUCUUCACUCACUUUCCUUUUUAUUUAAUUAUUAUUUGCAAUGUCUCUUUUCUUUUUUUUUUUUUCCUCCUUCAUUUUCUUUUCUUUUCCUUCCGUUUGUUUCCUUUUUAUUUUUUCCACCUUUUUUUAUUUUUUUUUUUUUUAUUUUUUAUUAUUUAUUUAUUUUUUUUUUUUUUUUUGUAUAUUUUUUUAUUAUUAUUUUUUUUUUUUUUUCCUUUGUCAAUACAAAUAUAUGAGUAAAUUAAUAUAUAGAGUGAACACAAUUCUCUUGGUUUUUAUAGAUACUGUGAGACAAUAGUUAGGUGAGAAAGGAAGGAAAACAAUAAAAAGGGGAUUUUCUUAUCUUAUCUUUUAAGUGGAGUCUCUUGUCAUCUAGAUGGAGUUUAAACCUUGGAGCCUGAGCGCCGAGAGUUGCCGUUCCACGGUGCGUCCAACCAUCAGAUGCCCCAACGAGCACUCCCACUCCUCGACCCGCGGGCCAGCCGACCACACAGGAUUCCAGUGA